CUGCGAUCUGGUGAUGUUGGUCCAGAGAGCACGUGCUUUUUCAUAACCAAUUCAUAAACCACCUUUACGUAGAACUCAAAUCACUCUUCAGUUAUCCAGAGGAUCAUAAGAAAGUUUGUCAAUGAUACCUGUCCCUUUCUGGGAAUCACCCUAAAACACCCUUUUUUUAAUUAUUAAAACCCGCGUUAGUCCAGUAACUCCUUUACAACGCCACACUCUCCUCGCAGUCCUCUGUUAACGCAUUGCCGUGUAUAACUGAAUUGCCUUAACACAACUGCAUUGGGAGCCAAUCAAACUAAUGACUCUCCUCAACGAUGCCAUUUGCAGCACUAAUUGAGUCGAAUUGUUGUGGCGUUUCUCCGGUUUCGCCACAGGGGGGCGCCAGAGCAUCAACCUUUUCACCGGCCGCAGCAGCAUCCUUGCGUAAUCCGGAUGCUGAUGCCGUCGCACCAUCUAAGUGCUCGCUACGGCGAGACCCAAAUUCACGGGGCGGUCGGUGCAUUACUGCAGCCGGAGGUAUUUGUUGUCGCCCAAGAACAUGAAUGACGCCACAUCAUAGAAUAUUGAUUAAUAGCGGAAGCUGAUCAUAAAGGCGGUUCAAGCCUGUUCUAACAAAGGGGGCCUGUGGCGCAGGCGAGCGGUGGAGAACAUGCACAUGGGUCGCCUAUACAUCAAGAAGGCAUAUUGCAUGCUUGUUAUGUAUUUCAUAAUACAAAGAGAUCCUACAUAAAUAUAUGGAUGGAACGCCAGGUCGCUCAAAAUUCCCAUUUGCCCUAUUGAUAUCAUUUUAGAAGAGACGAUAUACUUUAUGUGAACCCGCGCGUUUCUGUUUGUGUGGCUUAUUUGCAUUCCUGGGCGAAAAGCACGCGCGCACAGCGGCUCCCGUGUCUCUCUCGCACACUCACACUCGUGCGCCUCGUCGUCCAGAGGGUCGAACGCGUGAGUUAAUCGGAAGCGCUGCCUCCCUCCUUCAUGCGUAAACGAUGCGGGGCAGGACGGGAACUCUGCGCUCCUACCUUCAUUUGAGAAACCCGGGCCGGUGAAUGUAAGGUGGUGGUGGUGGGGGGGGCAAGAAGAAGAAUAAAAAGGAAAGGAAAACACACUUUAAUUUUUUUUUAAAACCCGUCUUCAACCAGCGUUUGACAAGAGCGGAGGAGCGCGUCACGACUCGCCUGUCGAGGAGGAGAAAAAGAUGGACAUCACGGAUCAAGGAGCUCAAAUGGAGCCGCUCUUACCCACGGAGCAAAGUCCCCAAGAAAACCAAGACGUGAGAGCUGAUGAGGAGGCAGUGGUGGACCGCGGUGGCACGCGCUCCAUGCUCAACACCAACUUUGAGAAGGAAGAACUAGAAGGUCACCGCACUCUCUACAUUGGGGUUCACGUUCCCCUGGGCCGGAGGUCGCACAGACGCCACCGUCACCACGGACACAAACACAGGAAGAGGUCCAAGGAGAGGGACUCUACAGCUGAUGAUGGAAGAGAAUCUCCCUCACACACAGACACGCCAGCUCAGAGGGUGCAGUUCCUGUUGGGGACAGAGGAUGGCGACGAGGAGCACAUCCCCCACGCCCUGUUCACCGAGCUGGAUGAAAUCUGCCUCAGGGAGGGUGAGGACGCCGAAUGGAAAGAGACAGCCAGGUGGCUUAAGUUUGAGGAGGACGUCGAGGAUGGUGGUGAGCGGUGGAGUAAACCCUACGUCGCCACCCUGUCUCUGCACAGUCUUUUCGAGCUACGCAGCUGCAUCAUGAACGGCACCGUGAUGCUGGACAUGAGGGCCAACUCGCUGGAGGAGAUUGCAGACAUGGUUCUGGAUCAGCACGAGUUGUCGGGCCCUGUAGGUCCGGAGGCCAGGAAGAGGAUCCGUGAGGCCCUGCUCAAACAGCACCACCACCAAAACCACAAGAAACUGGCCAAUCGCAUACCUAUUGUACGCUCCUUCGCUGAUAUUGGCAAGAAGCAGUCCGAGCCUCAUUCCAUGGACAAGAAUGGCCAAACGGUCUCGCCUCAGUCCCAUCCGGCUAACAAUGAGGGCAAACAGGACGUCAGCCGAGAAAACAGCGCUGUCGACUUCAGCAAGAUUGACCUCCACUUCAUGAAGAAGAUCCCUCCUGGUGCUGAGGCGUCCAACGUCCUAGUAGGGGAGCUGGAAUUCCUAGACCGCCCCGUGGUGGCGUUCGUCCGCCUGGCUCCUGCUGUGCUCCUCAAUGGCCUGGCUGAGGUUCCCAUCACCACCAGGUUUCUUUUCAUCCUGCUUGGCCCUCUGGGAAAAGGUCCACAGUAUCAUGAAAUUGGCCGGUCUAUUGCUACCCUGAUGACAGAUGAGAUUUUCCAUGAUGUCGCUUACAAGGCCAAAGACAGGAAUGACCUGGUCGCGGGCAUCGAUGAGUUUCUGGACCAGGUGACAGUGUUACCUCCCGGAGAGUGGGACCCCUCCAUCAGAAUAGAGCCUCCCAAAAACGUGCCGUCUCAGGAAAAGCGGAAGAUUCCCCCCCUUCCCAACGGAGUGACAGAUCUCGGAGAUUCGGAGGACCACGGAGGGCACGGCGGCCCCGAGCUGCAGCGCACCGGGAGGUUGUUCGGCGGCUUAUUCAUGGACAUCAAGCGAAAGGCCCCUCACUACAUUUCCGACUUCACAGAUGCCAUCAGCCUGCAGUGUCUGGCCUCGUUCCUCUUCCUCUACUGCGCCUGCAUGUCGCCGGUCAUCACCUUCGGAGGACUCCUGGGUGAGGCCACGGAGGGACGUGUGAGUGCUAUUGAGUCCCUGUUUGGGGCUUCCAUGACUGGAAUAGCCUACUCUAUUUUUGCCGGUCAGCCCCUCACCAUCCUGGGCAGCACUGGGCCCGUUCUUGUCUUUGAGAAAAUCCUCUUCAAGUUCUGCAAGGAGUAUGACCUCUCCUACCUCUCCCUGAGGGCCUGCAUCGGCCUGUGGACGGCCUUCUUGUGUCUCCUGCUGGUGGCCACGGACGCCAGCUCGCUCGUCUGUUACAUCACGCGCUUCACAGAGGAAGCUUUCGCUGCACUGAUCUGCAUCAUCUUCAUCUAUGAGGCCCUGGAGAAGCUGAUGCACCUAGGGGUGCACUACCCCAUCAAUAAAAACAACGACCUUCAGAAACUCACACAGUACUCGUGUGAGUGUGUGGAGCCCAUGAACCCCAGCAACGAGACCCUGCGGUUCUGGGAGAAGAAGAACAUCACAGCCUCUCAGGUCAACUGGACCAUGCUGGAGGUCAAGGAGUGCGAGAUGUUUCAUGGGGAAUUCGAGGGCAGCGCCUGCGGCCCCCACGGGCCCUACAUCCCCGACGUCCUCUUCUGGUGCGUCGUCCUCUUCUUCUCCACCGUCUUCAUGUCCGCCUUCCUCAAGGAGUUCAAGACGAGCCGCUACUUUCCCACCAAGGUGCGGGCCAUCAUCAGUGACUUUGCUGUCUUCAUCACCAUCCUGACUAUGGUUCUGGUAGAUUACGCCUUGGGGAUCCCCUCUCCUAAGCUGCAGGUCCCCAGCAAUUUCAAACCGACCAGGGACGAUCGCGGCUGGCUCAUAAACCCUGUGGGGCCCAACCCCUGGUGGACCACCAUCAUCACCAUCCUCCCCGCUCUGCUCUGCACCAUCCUCAUCUUCAUGGACCAGCAGAUCACAGCCGUCAUUAUAAACAGGAAGGAGCACAAACUAAAGAAAGGCUGCGGCUACCACCUGGACCUGUUCGUGGUGGGGGUGAUGCUGGGCGUGUGCUCGGUGAUGGGCCUGCCGUGGUUUGUGGCGGCCACGGUGCUCUCCAUCUCCCACGUGAACAGCCUGAAGCUGGAGUCUGAGUGCUCGGCCCCCGGCGAGCAGCCCAAGUUCCUGGGCAUCCGAGAGCAGCGCUUCACCGGCCUCAUGAUCUUCACCCUGAUGGGCUGCUCCGUCUUCAUGACCUCCGUGCUGAAGUUUAUCCCCAUGCCUGUGCUGUACGGAGUCUUUCUGUACAUGGGGGCUUCCUCACUCAGAGGCAUCCAGUUCUUUGACCGUCUGAGGCUGUUCAUCAUGCCGGCCAAACAUCAGCCGGACUUCAUCUACCUUCGUCACGUCCCGCUGAGGAAGGUGCACCUCUUCACCCUCGUCCAGCUCAGCUGCUUGAUCCUGCUCUGGGUCAUCAAGACCUCCAAGGCCGCCAUCGUCUUCCCCAUGAUGGUCUUGGCCCUGGUGUUCAUUCGUAAGUUGCUGGACUUGAUCUUCACCAAGAGGGAACUGAGUUGGCUGGACGACCUGAUGCCAGAGUGGAAAAAGAAGAAACUGGAGGACGCAGAAGAAGAGGAGGAGCACAGUAUUAUUGCAGAGGAAGAAGGCAUUGUACAAGUGCCACUGGAGGGACACUUUAAGUGUGACCCGGCCACAGUGAACAUCACUGACGAGAUGUCGAAAGGAUCUUUUGGGAAUGUGUGGAAGAGCAUCAACCCUGCUGAGAGCACAAAGAAGGAACCAAGCGCUAAGAGCUCCCCUUCCUAACCUCCCAGAAGCCGAUAACCCAAAGUUGUGGUGGCGAAAAGCGACACAAGCGGCGGAGGCAUGACAAGAGCUUGGACAGGGAGACAAGUUUGUGAUGACACAUACUGGCCACCGUGCUGUCGAUGAGUAAAUAAAAAAACACACAAAAAAACUAUACCGUGCCACACUCAACCACCUUUGUACUGUGCUACACUGUGUUUUUGUCAUGUAAGUCUGUGUGCAAGUUAUGUAAAACAAAGAAUUUGUUAGAAACAGUAUUAACAAGACGAACUGAGACACUUUUGUGUUCUUUUUCUAUGUAUAUCAGUGUUUGGUGAUACCAGCAACAGAGUGAAGCCGGAAUUAUAUGACAUUUACAGUAACUGCUGUGUCAAUGGGCCAAUUAAGUACAAAUUUUAAACAAUUUUUAAAUCUACUUCAUUUGUAUUUUGUAUGUUUUUAUACUUCUCCAACAACAGCGAGUUAUCCUUUGAAAAACCUGCCACUGCAAAUGUGUGGAUUUUGUGAUCGGCAUUUAAUGCCGCUAUUGACUUUGAUGCACCUCACACUAGAAAACCUACAAAGUAGAUAUUUGCCAAUACUAAUCUAUUUCACCGGUACUCAAAAGAGUUGGCUAUAUAGCGAAUCUAGUAGUAAUCUUUUUAGUAUUAAAUAUACAUUUUCUAUAUUCUGUAUAUCUAAAUGUUUUUGUGACAGUGACAGCUCAUAUCACUCCAGAGUCCUCUCUAUUGCUAUUUUACAAAUAAAUGUAUCUCCUCUAAUCAAGCACUCCCCUAAAAAACAGUUAAAGGAAUAGUUUGACAUUCUGGGAAAUACACAUACAUUUUCUGUUAGACGGGAAGAUCGACGCUACUCUCAUGUCUGUACACUAGAUUAUAAAGCUAAUGCUAGCAGUCGGCGCUUAGCUUAGCAUAAAGACUGAAAACGGUAAAACGGCUCAGCCGGCUCUGCCCAAAAUGUUACAAAAUCCGCCAGAAUCUCAUUAAUUUACUUUGUAUCUCCAUGUUUUGGGUCUCUCAAAAGACUGCCAGCUAGCGAUAGCUUAAUUUUUAGCGUAUGGACAUGAGAAAGGUUUCCGUCUUCUCCUCUAACUUACGGCAAUAAGUUAAAGGAGAAGAAAAACAAACAGUAAAUUGCAUAAGUCUUGUGCUGCAGAAGUUACUUUCUGAUACCUAAAUACACUAUUCCUUUGUGGGCAAUAUACAGCUUAUUUGGCAACAUUUUCAAGCUAGCAAUUUCAUAAUAGGUCCAGUUAAAAACCCAUCCAGUUUGCCAAAGCUGAACUAAGGUGAUCGUACAGAAAGCUCCUCUAUGUUUUCCACCUGCCAUCUCGUCAGUAAGUGUCAUCCAUGGCCAUCUGAUCUCCUAUCCCAAAAUGACCCUCAUUGUGUUAGCAUCUGAAGCUAAUUGUUUAAAAAGAAAAGACCUGCAUGACGGGGGAACGGACUUGAUUGACUCGCUGCAGGACCAAUGGUUAUGUCUAGAGAUGCAAUAAUAGGCUACCUUUUUUCUGGGAAGGGCAACAUGUAAUAAACGUUAAAGAGUCUUAACAAUGUACAAUACAUAGUAUAUUUUAUUCAUGUGAAAUGUUACUAAUAUAUUACUUACAUGAAGUCAGUGUUGAAGGCAGGUUUUUGUUGUAGGUGUUAUUUUUCCCCAUUGUCUAAGUGAUAGUUCUUAGUUGACUAGAGAAACUAAUAAGUGGUCAAAAUUAUAUCAAUAUCAAACAUUUGGACCACUUCUGUGCAACAUUCUGCCUUAAAUUUGGUAGUGAUAGCUGUACACUUUCUGUUUAAAUAAUUUAAGUCAUCUGUAUAGAAAAACUAUCAGUUCUGAUUUGUUGUCAUAUUGUGAUUUGUUUCAUGAGAACGAGAGCGCGGGUGAUUGAGAGCAUAAAUAAAGAUCUUAAACAAGC